AGAUUAUACGCCAUUGAAUUAAUUUGACAUUAUGGCUACUUAAGUAAAGAACAAAAGCUAUUUUUAUGUUUAUUUUUUGUUAUUUAUAAUUUACAAUUAAUUUCCGUUGCAGUAUUCAAAGUUUUAUUAAAACUUAAAUUGUAAAUUUAGUGUUAUCGUUCCUAAAGAGGUAUUUUUGAUAGAAGAAAACAUGGAGACUCCCGGUGCCAGCAGAGCCCCUUCCAAACUGGAGCAGACCCAGCAACAGGUGAAUGAAGUUGUCGGUAUUAUGAGAGUAAACGUCGAGAAAGUUCUAGAGAGGGACCAGAAACUUUCAGAGCUCGAUAGUCGAGCUGAUGCUCUUCAAGAAGGCGGCAAAAGAUUUGAGCAGCAAGCACAAAAGUUGAAACGAAAGUAUUGGUGGAAAAAUAUAAAGAUGAUGAUUAUUAUGGGGGUUAUAGGCCUCAUUAUUUUAAUUAUCAUUAUAAUUUCCAUUGCUAAUGCAGUUAAGGACAAAGACUCCACAACCUCAAGCACAACACCAUCUCCAUAAUGAAAUUAAAUGUUUACAGAGCUUUCUGUAUUUGAUUAUAUAUUCUGUAUCUGAUUAUAUAUAUUUAUUGUUGCAUUAUACUUAAAAUAAGAACAAAAUAUUUUACAAUUCUAUGUUUGCUUUAUGUCAUUAUUUUAAAUAUAUUAUUCCAUAG